AAAUGAAAGUGUGAUUCAACCACAAUCUUACUUAAACAGAAAUUGUUCCAGCAACAAGAACACUGGAAAAUUAAGCUUAACACCAGGCUUCGAAGAAAAUACAGACCUGCAUAAACCAAGCUCACCUGAAGUGAGUCAGCUUCCUGAUAUUGACGUGCAGUCCCAGAAGUCAGUGACAUGGAAUUUCCAAGCUUCAAUGAUGAAGAUAUACAAGGUGUACAGAAUAAGCACCACAAAUACUAUCAGAGCUAUAAAACAAUGAUUCCUAUACGGCCAAAGCCAAAGAAUCCAUCUCCAUCUCCAGUAGAUGAUGCUGGCUUAUUUUCAUUCAUCUAUUUCUCAUGGCUGACACCACUGAUGAUCAAAGGGUUCAAGAAAAAACUGAAUCAAGACACUGUGCCUCCCCUCUCCCAGUUCAAUUGUUCAGAUGCGAACGCCAGAAGAUUUUUACGCCUUUGGAAGAAUGAGUUGGAAAGAAUGGGCAGCGAGAAAGCUUCUUUGGAGAAAGUGGCUGUACAGUUUCAGCGAACAAGGCUUAUUAUGAAUAUAACUUGCAUGGUCAUUUGUAUGAUUUGUAGCUUUUUGGGACCGGCAGUGCUGGUUCAUGCUAUCCUCCAACAUGUUGAAAAAAAGUCAGACAAUCUUGUUUAUGGAGUCGGUCUAUGCUUUGCCUUAUUUACCACAGAGCUCUGUAAAACAACUUUCUUCUCAGCCUCAUGGGCUAUCAAUUAUCAGACUGCUAUUCGACUAAAAGGUGCCAUUUCUACUUUGGCAUUUGUUAAGCUGAUCCAUCUUAAAAGUUUAAACAAUAUUUCCAUUGGUGAGGUAUUGAAUCUACUAUCAAAUGAUGGUCAUCGACUAUUUGAAGCGGCUUUGUUUUGUCCUUUCAUAUUUGGUACUCCAGUAUUGCUGAUCAGUUGCACAAUAUAUUCUUACAUUAUCCUUGGUCCAACAUCUUUGUUGGGGAUUGUUGCUUACAUUUUAUUUAUGCCUGUUCAGAUGUUAAUGGCACAAUUUACUACAGCAUUUCGACGCAAAGCCAUUAUGCAGACUGAUACCCGGGUGCGAGUAAUGAAUGAAGUUUUGACAUACGUAAAACUGAUAAAAAUGUAUGCAUGGGAAAAAUCAUUUGCACGUUCUAUUCAUGAUGUUCGUAAAACUGAGCGAAAGAUAUUAGAAAAAGCAGGAUAUGUUCAAAGUGUGAAUACUUCAGUGAUUCCUAUUGUACCAACAUUGGCCACAGUCCUCACAUUUGUUGUACACACGCUCCUGGGAUAUGAGUUGACAGCAUCCACGGCAUUUACUGUGAUUGCAGUUUUCAAUUCAAUGAAAUUUUCAUUGGCCAGUCUGCCAUAUUCUGUUAAAGCAUUUGCAGAAGCUAAAAUUUCUUUACGGAGGUUAAAGAAAAUUCUAGUCAUGAAAGAUCCAGCUGUAUACGUGAAAACUCUGAAAGACUCUCCACAUGUAGUGCUGAUGGAAAAUGCUUCACUUUCAUGGGACAACACAAAUGACAAUGGAAAGUUACAUUCUGCUGACAAGGUGCCAAAAGGAAAAAAAGUUUCUGAAGCAAAUGGAACAAAUGAGCCCAACAUUUCUGUUCAACUGCCAGAAAUUACAUCUCAAACAUCAACAGAGAAAGACAUCCCUAUAUUAAUGACUCUCCAUGGUAUAAGCUUCAGUUUGCAAAAGGGGUCACUUUUAGGAGUUUGUGGAAAUGUAGGAAGUGGAAAAAGUUCUUUAAUAUCUGCUCUACUAGGACAGAUGGUUUUACACAAUGGGGUGGUAGCUAUCAAUGGAUCACUUGCUUUUGUAUCGCAGCAAGCAUGGAUAUUUCAUGGGAAUGUCAGAGAAAAUAUACUAUUUGGAAAGACUUACGAUGAAGAAAGGUAUAAGAAAGUGAUUGAAGUCUGCAGCCUAGAACAGGACUUGAAAUUACUCCCGUUUGGUGAUUUUACUGAAAUAGGAGAAAGAGGGAUCAACCUGUCUGGUGGGCAGAAACAACGAAUUAGCAUUGCUCGUGCUGUGUAUUCAGACCAAGAUGUUUAUCUGUUGGAUGAUCCCUUAUCAGCUGUGGAUGCUCAUGUUGGGAAGCACAUCUUUGAGCAGUGUAUCAAAAAAGCGCUCCAGAAGAAAACAGUGAUUCUGGUCACUCAUCAGCUGCAGUAUUUAGGACACUGUGAUGAAAUCGUUCUAUUAGAAGAUGGCAAAAUUAAAGAAAAAGGAAAACAUGAAUUAUUGAUGAAUGAGAAUGGACACUAUGCCAGUCUGAUCAACAAUUAUCAAAUGAACCAAACAAAUAGUUCAGAACAGGACAAUGUGAUGCCACCUAGCUCUGAAGCAGAAAACCUGGAUGGUGCUGCUUCAAGCAUAGGAUUAAAAGGCUUAUACAAUGCUGCAUUUGAUAUGACUGAUGAGAGGGAAGAUUCAGCAGAUGAAAAUGCUGAGAAUGUGAAGACAAUGAAACAAGAUGGAAACCAUACGAAAGCACAAAAAACGCAACUUACAAAAGAAGAGGAGAACCAAUCAGGCUCAGUAUCAGGAAAAACUUACCACCGUUAUGUUAUGGCAGGGGGAGGAUAUGUAUUCUUUCUAUUUGUUCUCUUUAUGUUCAUCCUUAUAAUCGGCUGUACAACUUUUAGUGGAUGGUGGUUAAGUUAUUGGAUAGAAGAGGGAGCUGGGGCUGACUGUAUCGCACAGAGGAUCAACACCACGACAGUGGAUUGUAGCAGCAUCACCAAUAAUCCCCAGCUAGGAUUCUACCAACUAAUUUAUGGGAUGUCCAUUGUUGUAAUAAUUGUUCUGAGUGUCAUUAAGGGAUUUGCUUUCACAAAGUUUACUUUGAAGGCUUCAUCCACAUUACACGACAAUGUAUUCUACAAGAUUUUGCACUGUCCAAUGAAGUUCUUUGACACCACCCCAAUUGGAAGGAUCAUUAACCGCUUUUCCAAGGACAUGGACGAAAUUGAUGUGAGGCUACCUUUUCAAGCUGAGAAUUUUCUGCAACAGGUGUUGAUAGUGCUAUUCACAAUAGCAACUUUGGCAGCAGUGUUUCCAUAUCUUCUCAUCGCUGUUAUAAUCAUGGCUAUACUUUUUGUAAUCAUUUUCAGACUUUUUCAAAAAGGCAUCAGAGAAUUGAAGAGAAUAGAAAAUGUUAGCAGAUCUCCGUGGUUCUCUCACAUUACCGCAAGUAUUCAAGGAAUAAGCACAAUUCAUGCCUACAAUAAAACAGAUGAUUUUAUUGAAAAAUUUAAAGACUUAAGUGACAAAAAUUCUAGUCAUUUUUUACUAUUUAAUUGUUCCAUGCGAUGGCUCGCUUUGAGAAUUGAUAUUCUCACCGCUAUCAUGACUUUGACUGUGGCUCUGUUUGUCAUCCUGAGUCCUGACUCAAUUCCUGCGUCAAAUAAGGGACUUGCUUUGUCAUAUGCUAUUCAGCUGACAGGAUUACUCCAAAUCUGCAUAAGAAUGGGAACUGAAACAGAAGCCAGAUUUAUAUCAGUAGAACGAAUAAUGGAAUAUAUAAAGAUUUGUGUUCCAGAAGCCCCGUGUCAUGUUAAAAAUGCAACAGUAUCCAAGGAAUGGCCUAAUCAAGGUGCAAUCAUAUUUAAGAACUAUCAAAUGAAAUACAGAGAAAACACUCCAAUAGUUUUAAAAGGGUUGUAUUUAAAUAUAGAAGCUAAGGAGAAAAUUGGAAUUGUUGGAAGAACAGGAUCAGGAAAGUCGUCACUGAGUGUUGCAUUAUUCAGGCUAGUUGAACCGGUCGCUGGGACCAUCCUGAUUGAUAAUGUCGAUAUUUGCACUCUUGGUUUGGAAGACCUGAGAAGUAAACUUUCAGUGAUUCCACAGGAUCCAGUUCUAUUUGUUGGUACAGUAAGGUACAACUUAGAUCCUUUUAGGAAUUACAACGAUGAUGCAAUUUGGGAAGCUCUCGAAAGGACCUAUAUGAAGGAUAUGAUUUCAAAACUUCCAAAGAAACUGGAUUCUGAGGUGAUUGAAAAUGGGGAAAACUUUUCCGUUGGAGAACGUCAGUUACUUUGCAUGGCAAGAGCACUUCUGAGGCAUUCAAAGAUUAUAGUUUUAGAUGAGGCUACAGCAUCCAUUGAUUCAGAAACAGAUUUGUUGGUUCAACGGACCAUCAAAGAAGCAUUUAAAGACUGUACAAUGCUGACAAUUGCACAUCGAAUAAAUACAGUUCUGGAAAGUGACAGAAUUCUAGUUAUGGACAAUGGAAAGGCUGUGGAAUUCGACAAGCCAGCUGUGCUGAUACAGAAUCAGAAUUCAAUUUUUGCAUCUAUGCUGGCUGCUACAAACAAAAUGGAAUCAUAAACAUGCAAAGAAAAUUCACAUCUGUGUUCUGAAUUUCUACAAAAUAUACUUUGAUUCGAUUAGAGAAAGAUUGAUUCAAAUUUUCUGAAAUAUAAAUGUGCUUAUGGAACUGAAUGCAUUAUUUUGAAUAUAUCAAUGUGAUGAGCAAUUACUUAUAUAAUUUCAUGUUUCAGCUAUUGAGGGGUGAGGAUAAAUUGGGUCCAACUUGUAUUAUCGUGAUGAUACUGAAGUUAUACACCAUUCAAUUUAAUGAUAAUUUAUUUAAGGAAAUAAAAUAUUGGAGCCUCAAUGUCAAAAAUGUAUUCUGACUGCACUAUUUUAUUAUUUAUUAAAGUUGUGCUCACAGAUUGGUUACCGCAAUGAAAUCAGUUAUUGCUAGUUCCCUUCUUCAUGCAGGAAGGAAUUUAUAUGCUGCCAGGUUAAUGUUUUAGAGGAAAGCAUACAAACAUAUCUCUUGCUAAAUAACAGUGUGCACAUUAAA